UGCUUGAAAUAACAAACAGGUAAAAGCGAAUGGAGCGUCCCACAGGGACGAGACCCGGAGCGCGGUGGCGGUCACAUGAUCUCCACGGAUGACCUGGAGUACCCACGCGAGUACCGGAGCCUGGGAAAUGGCGCACGCCGCUUCUCCAACGUCGGCCUCGUGCACACAUCCGAGCACCGGCACACGGUGAUGGCCGCUCAGAGCCUCGAGGCACUCAGCAACCUGCACAAAGCCGAGCUGGAGCGCAAACGCGACGCCUUCAUGGACCACCUGAAGAACAAGUAUCCUCCUCAGCACUCCCUCCCUCCAUCACCGUCUCCAUCCCACGGCAGCAUGAGAGGAAGCUCGGAGAGGAGCGCACGUGAACAGCAACAGCCAAACUACUGGAGUUUUAAGAGCCGUAGUCCACGCCAUUCCCAGUCCACUCAGUCUGGUUUGGCCGAUCAGGCGUCCAAACUGUCGUACGCCUCAGCUGAGUCUCUGGAGACCAUGUCUGAGGCCGACAUGCCGCUUGGCUUUAAUCGCAUGAACCGCUUCCGCCAGAGCCUGCCGCUCUCCCGUUCUGCCAGCCAGAAUAAACUGCGCUCUCCAGGAGUGCUGUUCCUGCAGUUUGGUGAUGAGACCAGGCGUGUCCACAUCACCCAUGAGUUGAGCAGUAUGGAGACUCUACACGCACUCAUUGUUCACAUGUUCCCCCAGAAGCUAACAGCUAGCAUGCUCAAGUCCCCCAACACAGCUAUCCUAAUCAAGGAUGAGGCACGCAACGUCUUCUACGAGCUGGAGGAUGUCCGGGACAUUCAGGACCGCAGCAUCAUUAAGAUCUAUCGCAAGGAGCCAGUCUAUGGUUCCUAUACAGCGGCUGCACAUCUGGCCAAUGGAGACCUGCGGAGAGAGAUGGUGUAUGCUUCACGUGAGUCAUCACCCACUCGCCGUCUGAAUACACUGCCCUCCUCCGGCUCCUCCCCUUCCUCCGCUUCUCCUGCCCGUUCCCGUCUUUCCUACAGUGGUGGUCGUCCUCCUUCAUUCUCCGGCUCUCAGCAUGGACACCAUGGACACCAUGGAUCUCCGGCUCACGGACCAGCAGCGGGCAUGACUGCGUCUCCAUCAGCCAUCCUCGAGCGCCGAGACGUCAAACCUGAUGAGGAAGUUGCCGCCAAGAAUGCGCUCCUGAAGAACGAGAGCCUCUAUGCAGACCCGUACAGCCUGGUUCCUGAUGGACAUCGUUUAAGCAUCGCGUCCAUGGGCGAACCGUUGGGCAUGCCAGGGCCAGGUGGGCUCUACCGUCGCGGCUCGGUGCGCUCUCUGAGCACGUAUUCAGCCGUGGCGCUGCAGGGUGACCUGGACGACCCGCUCUAUAAGCCGGGUGCACCGAUCUAUCCUGACACCUACUCUGCUUUGGGUGCGGGCUUCAGGCUGUCAUCUUCGUCAUCUCCUCAGAAGAUGUCUGACUCGUACUCGGGGACGCUGAGCCGCAGCUCGCCUGUCAGGCAGAGCUUCAGGAAGGACUCGUCCUCAUCUGUGUUUGUGGACACCCCGAAAUCAAGGCCAAGCUCGAGUUCGGAGCCACUGGGUAGCGAGACAGGAAGGGUGAUUUCCGGCUUCGGGAAUGAAAAUGACACGCACAGGGAUCGUAUGGAGGCGAUGGAGAAGCAGAUAGCGAGUCUCACAGGCUUGGUGCAGAGCGUCCUGACCAGAGCACCGGACAGCGACAGCACCGAGAAGACGGAGUCCAACAGCGACGGCUCGGCCACAGGAACUGGCCGUCUGAAGAGGAAAGGUAGCGCCGUCUCUGCUGUCCCCUCUCUGACCCCGUCGGCGCCGCUGGCCCUGAUGCCUCCUCCGCCUGCGAGCCCACACACCUCCACUGUGUCCAAACUCCAGAUGCAGCUCCACCUACAUGAGCUCAAGCAGAACGCCACCGACCUGCGCAAGCAGCUCGCCCAGCUCCGCAAGAUGCAGCUGCAGAAUCAGGAAUCAGUGCGCUCUCUGAUGAAGCGGACAGAGGCGGAGCUUAGUGUGCGAGUGUGUGAUGCUCUGAGGAAGCAGGAGGAUCCUCUCCAGAGACAGCGCCUCCUGGUGGAGGAGGAAAGACUCAAAUAUCUCAACGAGGAGGAGCUCAUUAUCCAGCAACUGCAUGAUUUGGAGAAGUCAGUGGAAGAGAUCCAGAAGGAGAGCUCAGUGAACCACAGACACAUCAUAGUGCAAGAGCUGGAGGAGAAGAGCACGGUGCUGAGGAGACUGGGAGAGACCCUCACUGAGCUCAAGAAUCAGUUCCCGGGGCUGCAGAGUAAAAUGCGUGUGGUGUUGAGGGUGGAGGUGGAGGCUGUAAAGUUCCUAAAGGAGGAGCCACACAGACUGGACGCUCUGCUCAAACGCUGCAAAACCAUCACUGAUACUCUCACCAUGCUCAAGAGGCAGGUGAACGAGGGUGUGAGGAAGAACAUGGAGGAGUACUCCAACCCCUCACCCAAACACACCACCGGAGAUGACUACAGGAAGAACGCUGACUUUGACAUUCCCACCAGCCCACCACUCAGCCUCAACGAGACCAGCCUGGCUAACUGGAGCCCUCAUGGCCACACCAAUCCCCACAGCAACCUGUCGCCAGGGCAGCUGAAGGGGCGGGGCCUGGAGGAGCUUGGGGGCCGGGGAGGUGCUGAUAAAGCCUCCUCUGUGGAAGUCAGACUGGCAGCUGAAAGGGACUGGGAGGAGAAGCGAGCCAGUUUAACCCAGUACAGUGCUCAGGACAUUAACCGACUUCUGGAGGAAACCCAGGCCGAGCUCAUGAAGGCGAUCCCAGAUCUGGACUUUGCUGCUAAACAGAUCAAACCAGUUCAGAACCAACAUCAGAAUCAAAACCAGAACCAGUGCGAGUCUGUGUCUAGCGCCAACACCACACCUGAGCACAAACCCAACAAACCUCAGCAUCCCACACACAAGGUCUCGAGCAAGGAAGGCGGCUCCAAGAAGGGAUCCGACGAGCUCACGGUGGCGAGGUAUCGCACGGAGAAGCCAUCCAAAUCGCCCCCUCCACCGCCUCCCCGAAGGAGUUUCCCCACCUCACCAGGCCUCACCACACGCAGUGGAGAGGUGAUCACCUCCACCAAGAGCAUGAAGAAAUCGGAAUCGGAGGAAACGGAGAUUCAGAAACCACACGUGAAGUUGAGGAGGAGUGUCUCGGAAGCUCCCAGGCCUGCCUCCACACCCCCCACAGUGGCAGGUGGAGAGAGAGAGGACGGAGAAGUCGAGCAGACUGCUGCCGAACCAGAGCAGUCCACGCUGUUACAGGAAAGUCUUCACCAGGCAAAACCUGACACACGGCCUUCCUCUUCAUCCGUCCCUCAGAUUAUCCUGACCGAGUUUCCUACUUCAUCGUCCAUGAAAGGAACCAUGACGCAGGUUUCCACCUCGGCACAACGGGACAGGAGCACAGGAAGUCUAAGUUACAGCAGCUACAUUGUCAAGAGUCCACAUCUGUCACUGUGGAAACAGGAGCCAUUGACCAAACGAACACAAUCUCAGAUACCAGAUUUGAACAGGACAAUAAAGGAACUCCAGAAAGGCACGAUUACUGAAUGGUCUUCAACGUCACCUUCAUCUUCACCUUCACCUUUAACACCAAAGAAACCAGCAAGGUUAGUGAAAACAGAGCUGAGGAUCCAGGAACCGUUUGAGAUCAAUGACGAGAAGGCAACAGAUAAUGGAGAUGAUGAUCAAUCCCAGGUCCAGGAGGACAUUAGACACAGCACCUAUCGACGCCUCGACAAUCUGGAGGAGACCAUCCGUGAGCUGGAGCUCAGCCUACUUGAUUUUGGGACUCCGGCCAUCCCAAACUGGCCUCAAGGUAUUCCGGACAUGGAGUCCAGGACGUCCAUCAGCACUGCUCCAUCAUCUGUGUCCACAAUAAUGAGCUCAGGAAGAGGAGAGAUCCAGAGACCUCCUAUUCCACCGAAACCCUUCGUAAAUACCAAUGCAGCCAAGAGCGGCGGUGGGAAGGCGAUAUCUCGUCUAAAGCACCUCCAGCAGAGCGGCUUGGACAAGAGUAAAGUGGGCAAACAGAGAGAAGACUUCCUCAAGAGUCAGGGACAACAGCAGUGAGAAGAAACGCAACUUGACAUGACCUGACCCCACCUCCCUCUCGUCUUCUUCCUCCUCAUCAUCCUCCUUGGAGUCUCCUCGGCCUUGUGUGCACAUCUCUUAGUCUGUCCCGCUCCAAGAUGUGUGCAUGUGAGGGGAAAAAUAGGAUCCCCAAAUAAAACCCUACCCAGGCCCUCCAUGAGCAUGUGGGGUUGAUUUGUUUAAAAUGGAUCACCAAGAAAGACUUCCUCAAUCAAAUUUAUUCACAUUAUAAAGAAUCAUAUACAUCCUCCUCACUUUCUUAUCUCUUUCUGUCUUCUCUGCUUGGCACUUUCCCAACUUGCUGACCCUAGACGGAGUUGGUUCUGCUCCCCAGCAACCGGGCUGCUAGCUUCUCUGGCCGUCUACCUUCUGGGCUUUAUAAUAACCACC